AACUGAACCUUUUCUCCUCUUUCCGUCAAGCUCAAAGUCCUAAUCAUCGUCUGCGCUCGUCGUGUACUCUGUCGCUCGUUGCCUACCAAAACCGUCACUCUCGUUGAGAAAAUCCCAUCAAAAUGCGCUUCACCAUUGCAUCUAUCGGCCUCUUCGCCCUCUAUGCGGCAGCACAGGACCUCUCUAGCCUGCCGUCGUGCGCUGUCAGUUGCGCUACUGGCGCUAUUGGCAGCACCGGCUGCUCGUUGACCGACGCCCACUGCAUCUGCACGGCCAGCAACUUCCUCAGCGGUGUCGAGACCUGCAUCCAAGGCGCCUGUAGCCCGGCUGAUCAGCAAGCCACUCUUCAAUUCGCGGUCUCGUUCUGCGCAUCUGCCAACGUUACCAUCACGCUCCCGACCGCACCCGCCACGGCUAGCAGCGCCGCGUCAACCGUGACCGCCUCGUCGUCCGUCCCGGCCAGCGCCCCAGCUACAUUGACCAGUAGCGCCGUGGUGGCGAGCAGCUCUGCACCUGCUCCGUCCACGUACACCGGCGCCGCGAACCUGUUGUCACAAGACUGGGCCGGUGUCGUGGGCGCUGCUGCCUUGGGUGUUGCUGUUCUGCUGUAAGCAUGCACGGCACGGCAUGACACGGUGGAUCUGCGGUCGUCGAGUGCGAGUGCACUUCGUGGCCUCACUUUGCAGGAGAUCUGUUCAUCGAUCAUUCUAAUAAUUGCACUGGGAAGUCUUAUGCGAUCGAGGUUGUAGCCAGGUCGUAGGGAGAUGGCCUGAACAUGUACAUACCGCCAUGCACGCAAUAAUAUGUCCGUCUAAAUCUG